GGGGAGGACGAGCGAGCAGCUGGUGCGGACGCUGGCCGGAUGGUUAAAUCUAACCUACAGACGAUUUUAAAUAGUCAUUGUUUUGCUAGAGAAAAGGAGAGAAACUUAUCCGACAUGCCUGUUAUUGAGCAGCAAAGUAAUAAACCUGAAAGUGGCAGUAUCUCCUGUCCUAGGAGGUGCUCCCACAGUUCCAGUAACCCGUGUCCGGGGCCUCUGUGGUGCUCCGAUGCCCCUCUCCCACCCCUGAAGAUCCCAGGUGGGCGAGGGAAUGACCAGCGGGAUCGCAAUCUUUCAGCUAAGCUGUUCUACUCUGAUGCUCAUUUGUUAGUUCUUGAGGAGCCUCCACCUGCCAACAGCAGAGUGCGCUUCUUGCUCUUUGAACCCCGUCGCUCUGAAGGCAAGCAUUGUGUCUGGAGGGCUGCACUGAAAGGAGCCAACCUUUAUGUUGAAAUCCCUCCUGGAGCCUUGCCUGAGGGCAGCAAAGACAGUUUCGCACUUUUGCUGGAAUUUGCGGAAGAGCAGUUGCAGGCUGAUCACGUGUUUAUUUGCUUUCACAAGAACCGUGAUGACAGAGCAUCUCUGCUGCGCACAUUCAGUUUCCUGGGCUUUGAGAUUGUUAGACCGGGUCAUCCCCUCGUCCCUUCCCGCCCUGAUGCUUUCUUCAUGGCUUACAGCAUUGAGCGAGACUCUUCUGAUGAUGAUUAAAAUGAUGCUGAGCAGUUAGAAACCUUUCUUUUUUUUUUUUUCUUCAAUCCAUACCAACACAUCUUCAUCAUUUUUUUUGAAAUGGAUGUAAUAUCUUCAUGUAUAGUGGUUGAGGUUUCCUGUAGGAAGUUUUGUUUUUCCCCCUUACCUUUACAUACCAAGUGCUGUGUUGCAAUGAGUUGCACUCUGGUAAGAUGUUGAUAUACACCAGGAAUGUAAGGCAAACAUCCACAUAUCUGGGUAAUUCAUCCUCACACCUGUAUUACUCUCCGUGUGUUGUAUUGACUUCUUGUUCACGUUCCUGAAUCUUGAUCAUCUCCACAGUAUAUUUAUCAACUGAAAUCUUACUCAUGUAAGUAGAUAUGUUUUCAUAGUAAUUAUCAGUCGAUUCUCUUAUUUUUAUUUUAUUUUUUUUAAAUGUGUGCAUGAUUUUAAUUUGCUUUGAUCCAAUCAAUAGAAGUCUGCAUGUUGUAACUGUACUAAAUAAAAGAUCUCACCUUAGAGAAUCACAUCUGGUCCUGUGAACCAUAAUGGCACAUGUUCUUUUUAAAGUGACGGUUUAAGACAAUCCAUUGAGAUGUGUUUAUUGUAUUAAAGGAGGAUAAUUAAGGAAAGCGCAAGUAGCUGGCUGUGUACAAAACGUCAUGUGACUGUCAAAAGCUCUCCCAAGAAUUGUGAUCUUAAAUUUGGAGGUAAAGAGGGUCUGGCUGUACUUUGUCCUCAAAGACAUGCACUUGUUUGUUCCUGAAAGUCACACUGAAGAUCGUAGAAGAGAUGCUCGGACCUGGAAUUAUUUUCACACCUCGCAACAUCUAGUUUUAAAUGUUGAGUAUUAAGUUCUAGAUUGCAUACCGAUGCCUUCGUUGACUUUCUAAUGUUACUUUCAUAAUAAAGCAUAUUCGGUGAGUUCUCAAA